AUGCCGACUUGCAUUGCGCCUGGCGACUACCUCAUGCGCGUCGAGCUCCUUGCGUUGCACAGUGCUUCGAAGCAAGGCGAAGCCCAGUUCUACAGGGAGUGCGCACAGAUUCUACGGAACAUGAAGAAUCGCUCGGGUGAGAUUCACAAGGAAGAUCCGACGCCGGAGGGUUGUGACAAUCUGAUCAGGCAUUCCAGACUUCCCAGUACCCAAUCACUAGAGAAUAUCUCGCUGGCCUUCGACAUCUCCUUGGAUGACUUCUAUUUCCUCCACCCUCAAGUCGAUGACAAGUGCUCUAACUUGUGGCUGGAGACGUCCUGUUGCGUCCGACUUAUCGGCAACGUGGCCACGUACUCUGGCUUUCCAACGCCAACGCCAGGCACUGUCUACCCUCAGCCAUCGCCAACGCCGACAUCUGCGCCUCCACUAAUUGUGACAGACCAUCUAUGGUCGACCGCAGCAGGCACGCUGAACGACUCAUGGAACCCAAGCUUUUCGGCAGAUAAUUGCGUGUCUCAGGAGGGUAAGAGCUACUGCAUCCUGAGAUGUGACGGCCGUUAG